AGAUCUCUACAUUCGUUUAAUCUCCAGAAUGAACAUUGUCGCAAUUUUGGCGGUGUGCCUAGCAACAUAUGUUGGAGAAGCUGCAUCCCAUGCAGAUAGCGAAUGCAGGUUGCCUGUUACAAACAAAAUCAAUUUUGCACAGCUUCGAGGAAUGAACUGGUACACUACGUUACGUAAUAUAUAUAGCGGGACCAGAAAGGGGUGUCUGUGUUGUUAUUUCUGAUGUAGAAGAAACGAACAGAGGAUUGGAUAUUUAUUUUAAAAUGUUCAAAAAUUCUGAAAUUGUGAAUAAUUUCACAAUACAUAACAAGCUUCAACCCUCAGGAAGAUACAUCUGGGAACCAACAUCGGACACUGAAAAAGACCCAUUCUCACCUAUCGGUGAAGAGACUGAAAGGAAAAAGGAAAGAAACCAUAUAAAGUGGCUUUCCGACUACACGAAACAGCAUACCUAUCUGACUGAUUACAAAACAUACCUAUUUGAACUUGAGUGUGAUUUUGAAGGUAAACAGAACGCUUGGAUUCAUACUUCAACUCAAUAUCCCACAGCUGAUGACAUCAUUCGUAUUCAUAACCGUUUGUUGGAUAUCGGAUUCAGAUGGAGUGAUAUUUAUUUAGAGUCUUCGGUUUGCACUGUAAUGCAGCCAAUUGACUUCAACUCCGAAUAAUACUACGGAAAAUUAUAUAAAUAUAUAUAUAUGCAUAUGAAAUUUAUAUUCGGCACACAUCUAAAUACAUACGUAGUCUUAUAUAUUAAGGCAAAUAUCAGUGUUAUCGCAUUAAAAAAUUUACCCAAGAUAUUUUUGUUGCACUUUUUACCUCGGGAUAUCACAUGGUGAAUAGAGGAUCAGGGCAUUGUCACUCUAACUGCGUCCUGAAAAGUACAGUAAAGUAGUAAACGCUUUUGCAUUUACUUGAGAAUCAUACAUUGAGUUUGUAUAGCAUAAUAAUUCACAGCAUCACUGAAUCUUCGAUUAAUAUGCAAGAACAAAACGCAUGAUGAAGUUUGUUUAGUGUCAGUUAAAAAACACAUCGAUCUGAUGCCCGUGUAAAUUUAAUACUGUGUUGUACUCUUGAACAAUUUUUUGUCUCAAAUAUAAACAUAGUAUGCAUGAAAAAACUCUAAAUUGUAAUUCUAAUGAACGAGAUUACAUUUUUUUAUUCGAUUUUGAUGUUGAUAAUUGUCUUCAUUAUUAUGAUUUGAAAAGUAACAUUUUUAUUCUUAAAUCUGAUUACACCGCGAGUCCGAAUAGCACCAAAAGCAUUCGUUUUAUUUUUAUCCAAUAUUACUAGGGCUUUUAUACAUAAGUGCAAACAUUAAGACUCGGCAUAUGUGUUCUUGAAAUAUAUAUGUCACAACAAUGAAGUGACGUAUUUCACAACGUACUUCCGUGCGUGCCAGGUAGCUCUUGAUGCGUUCUGGAACGAAGAUUCAUUGAUUAUCAAAUUUGAAUUCGCGUAGAACAGAGUUCACUUCUCAUGUUCCACUAUAUAUAAAGUUUUCACGGGAUUGAUUAUGUAGGUAGGUAGGUAUAAUCUUUUCCACGCAGUUCAGAUGGGAAUGCGCGAAUGUAUCUAAGAAUCGCUAAUAUUGGUUUGUAAUGCGAUGAAAUCCCAUCUUGGCAUUUCUGCCUCUCGCAAUUGCUGUGUAUAUUUUUCGGAGAAGUCCUGUGGCGUGGUUAUCAAAUAAAGAAAACAUGGGAGUAUUUUUCUACUUCUCUACUACUCUCAAACCUUGACAUUUCGUGAAAACUUUUUUUCAUUCAAU